AAGCAGUGAAUCGUAAGGAAAGAAUCCCCGCCAAAUAUCUUGUUUCUCCUUCCCGGCAAGAAUGCUAUCCUCUCUUGCCUAUUUAAACCUCGCCUCUUGCGUUGUCGUCUUCGCGGGAGGAAGAGGAAGAAGAAGAGGGAGGAGUAGUAGGAGACAAUAAUGGCGUCGAAGGAGGAGGUGGCGGUGGAGACGGCGGAGGGGGGAGCGCCGGCGAAGGCGCCGUACUGGGACCCGCCGCCGGCGCCGCUGCUGGACACGAGCGAGCUGGGUAAGUGGUCGCUGUACAGGGCGCUGAUCGCGGAGUUCAUGGCGACGCUCAUCUUCCUGUACGUGAGCAUCGCGACCGUCAUCGGGUACAAGAACCAGAAGGCGACGGUGGACACGUGCACCGGCGUCGGGUACCUCGGCGUGGCGUGGUCGUUCGGCGCCACCAUCUUCGUCCUCGUCUACUGCACCGGCGGCGUGUCGGGGGGCCACAUCAACCCGGCGGUGACCCUGGGCCUCUUCUUCGGGAGGAAGCUGUCGCUGGUCCGCACGGUGCUCUACGUCGUGGCGCAGUGCCUCGGCGCCAUCUGCGGCGCCGGCAUCGUCAAGGGCAUCAUGAAGCACCCCUACAACUCCCUCGGCGGCGGCGCCAACACGGUCAGCGACGGCUACACCGCCGCCGGCGCCCUCGGCGCGGAGAUCGUCGGCACCUUCAUCCUCGUCUACACCGUCUUCUCCGCCACCGACCCCAAGCGCACCGCCCGCGACUCCUUCAUCCCCGUGUUGGUGCCGCUGCCGAUAGGGUUCGCCGUGUUCGUGGUGCACCUGGCGACGAUACCGAUCACCGGGACGGGCAUCAACCCGGCGAGGAGCCUCGGCGCCGCCGUGCUCUACAACCAGCCCAAAGCUUGGAACGACCACUGGAUCUUCUGGGUGGGGCCGGUGAUCGGGGCGUUCGUGGCGGCGGUGUACCACAAGCUCGUGCUGCGCGGCGAGGCCGCCAAGGCGCUCAGCUCGUUCAGGAGCACCAGCGUCACGGCGUGACAGACGACGACGACGACGACGACGGUGUCCACGAGAGAUCUUGUUUGUUUAAAUUUAAUUUUAAAUACCAUGUCGAUCGUGUGAUUAAUCAAAUUUAGAUGCAUGCGUGCAUGCGCCAUGCAGUAGAAGAUAUGUAUGAUUGAUCUUGCGUAGUGCGUCUGUUCUUCGUGUUUGGGAGUGUGAUAUGAUCGAGACGACCGUUGGUUAAAAUAAGUGGAUCGAGUGCCGGUGUAUAUGCACGGUACGCCCUUGCUAUCUUGUAACAUUUGGAUUUUUCGGUAUUAGCAGAAAUAUUAUAUAUAA